AUACAGAAAAGCUAAAGCCAGCAAUACCACUUGUAGCAUCUUUAAUGUUGGCAUAUUUAAACAAAGUUAAGUUAACUGUUACUGCAGUUAAGUAGACGAUGGCUAAAUGUGUUUAAAUGUAUGUUUGAGUGACUACAUGGGACCACUACAUUAUGGGAAGUUUCUGAGAUAGCCUACUGCACGGAAGAUGUGGCGCCCUAUUAGUGGGAUUGAUAACACGUUUGUAGACUACGUUUUUCAUUACUUUAUUUUUAAUGCGCAGUUAUUCAUACAAAAUAAAACGUCGCACGUAGUAAUUUUAUGCUCUCAUCAAAGAACAUAACGUUGAUUUAAUACUUGACACAUAUUCCCAGAAACGGUAGCAGGCUAGUUUGAAUGUCUCCAAAUGUUAUAAUUACAGUGCCAGACAGACGCAAAAGCGAAAUAAAUGAGUAUCUUACAUCCAUUUUAGCUAAAUCGGAACCCCCACAUACAUGUCGUUAGUUAUAAAGUCAGUGGGGAAGAAUUUUAACGACGGACAGCGUGAACACAAACCGGAGCGUGUAUGUUUAGCGAUAGUUUAUUGUUGGCUUUGCUAAAACAAAUGAAAUCGUGUUACGAUUAUGAAUAGGUAUGAUGAACGCAAUCCAGCGUAAACCGAAAGUGCGGCAGAAAGGUGCUAGGACCCGUUGUCUGAGGUUUGUUGCAGGUCAUAAAGAAGACUGGGAAUUAAAGGUGAAAUAGAGAUGUGCGAUGCUGUGGAACAGAAGGACGCAGACAGUGAGAAGAUCGACUGGGGAGAACGGGUGGAACAAACGCACGAGGGCGCAGAGACGGCCACAAUCGGCAGCCGUGCUGCCGGGGGGCUGCUGCGGGAUGCGCAUGUCGGACUCUCGAACCCGGAGCCGGACAUAACCGCAUGCUCCCUCGUGGCCGGGGAGUAUGUGUACUUCCACUACGGCUGUGACGGGCAGGAUGAUCGAGGCUGGGGCUGUGGGUACCGAACCCUGCAGACGAUCUGUUCGUGGCUGCACCUGAACCGGCCGCAUCUGAAGGCCCGUGAAUCCCCACCCGGCCUUCGCGAAAUACAGCAAGCCCUGGUCACCGUUGGGGACAAGCCCCCCUCGUUUCUGGGGUCCCGGGAAUGGAUAGGAACCUUUGAGGCCGCGUUGGUUCUGGACCAGCUCUACGACGUGCCGUGUAAGAUCGUGCACGUGCGGAGGGGCGGGGCGGAGCUGGAGGACGUGGCGGACGAGCUUCACCGCCACUUCCAGGCGCAGGGGUCUCCCGUCAUGAUGGGCGGGGACAGGGACAACUCCUCCAAGGGCGUCCUGGGUGUGUGCACGAGUGCGCGAGGGAGCCACCUGCUGGUGAUGGACCCGCACUACCACGGCCCCCCUUUGGACAGGGGGUCGGCGCAAGGACUGCGGUGGGUCUCGUGGAAAAGGGCGGGGUCCCUGGAUCACUGCUCCUUCUACAACCUCUGCCUGCCUCAGACAGCAAGGAAAGGAGGAAACAAGUGAGAGGGAGAGUGUAAAGACAGAGAGGGGUGUUAUGCGGCAGAGAAAUCACUUUGCAUCUGAAGGAAAUUGUAUUAUUUCCCUGAAAAAAAGAUACACCUUUAUCUUGUGGAUUAGUGAACACUUUGCAUAUAAGCCAAAUUGUGAUUCCAUGGGGUCUUUCAAAUAAAUUGAGCCAAUAUAAAAAAAUUAAUAUAUAAAUUAGAUUUGUUUUGGACUGACUGGUCUGUUUACUAUUGCCCUCUUAUGUACUGUAUUGAUAUUAUGGGACACAUGUCAUAA